CCAGACUCUUUGCAUUUGACUUCGUCCCCAACCGCGCGCCGAGCGACUGGGGACCCGACAAUGGAUUUGAACUACUUGGACUACCUGGGGAUCCGAGUCGCCCUCGGCGCGACGUUGCCAGCGCUUGGUCAAACAGAUCUACCUGCGGUGACAGCGAGUGAGGUCGAGGCCUUUGAAACCCAAUCGGACGAGGACGAGGAGCUCUUUCGCUCUGGGGAUCUCAUCGUUCCAUCUACCCUGAAGAGUGAGUUCUUUGAGGUGGACUUCUCUUUGCACUCCGUGGCGCCUCCCAGCUUUGCCGCCAGCGUGAUGGCGUUGGAUGGGUGCUGCUUGCCACUCGCGCAGGGAUGCUUGUGACCACUGAGGAUUUGAGCCUUUCCGCGGUGGCAGAGGUCCUAAGCUGCUUCCAGCCACUGCAAGGCUUAGAGAGGCAAAGCUUCCUCUCUGCCCCAAAGCUGCCACGGCUCUUGCGGGCGGUGCCGCCUGCCUCGGCGCUGUGCAAGACCUUUGCUGCUGCAAAGGUGCACGGCUAUCGAGUCGCUUUCAGUGGUCCCUGCAGGUGCGAAGAAUUCGUGUGCAGCUACUUCGAUGCCAUGUGCGAGGACCUGCAGCUGAAGUCCUGCGACUUUGAGAAGCUUUAUCUCCUCCAUGAGGCGCUGCCUUCAGUUUACAGCUUGCAUACUGACUCUCGCUUGGUUCUGGGCAGCACCUUUGUGCGCAUCCAGGAGUACUACGAAAGCCCAGAUGCGCAAAUCAGACAUCAUGCCUUCGAGUUGGAUCAGUACAAGGAUUGGUACCGGAAGCGGCACGGGAAAGGCUUCGACUACUAUUUGGAGUGGCCAGGUUUCAACGUUCCCUCCUGGGUCUUGAAUGACCUUCGUGAUGGAAAGGUCGGCUGCAAGCUGCGGCCCCAGGAGGAAGCACUCCUGAAGGUUUGGCCAUCCUGUGGUCAGUACCUCAUCGGCAGCUGUGAGGAGGACAUGGAGACUCUUCAACAUGAAAUGGCACAUGGGCUCUAUGCCACCAAUGAAGCCUACCGCGAGGCUGUGACUCAAAGUUUGGAAGACCUCCCGCAAGGCCGGUGGCAAGUGAGCCGGCAGCGGCUGCUGGAGCUAGGCUACGCAGAUGACCCGGCGAUUCUGAAUGAUGAGAUCCAAGCUUACAUGGUCGAGGGAAAGUGCUUCUACGAGGAGGGCGAGCUUGAUUGCCCUAUCACAGGAGAGGUGCAGGCCGCGAUCCGGCGGAGCUUUGAAGAUGACGGCUACAUGAGAAUAGAGGAGGGGGGCAACCCUGCAGCGCCGGCGAGUGGAUCGAAGGGGCGCAAAGCGCACGAACAUGCAAAGUACCACUGCAAUCGCACCAUGAUCAACUUCGGACUCAGCAAGCAGGUGCCCAAUAAAGAUAGCACCGCACGCGACCACUUGGCCAAUGAGAGGACUUUCUUGGCUUGGCUCCGUACCGGUCUUGCCCUCUCAGGCGCUGGCUUUGGAGUGAUCAAGUUUCUACCUGGUGUCAGCACAAACCUCAUCCUAGGGUUCUUUUUGAUCGGCGUGGGCAUUUGCGUCUUAGCCUUCGGAGCCCUAAGGUACUUCGAUGUGAUGGAAGCCUUGGAGAAUGGCGUGUUCGCCAUCGACACAGGCGUGUUAGCGUCAAGAAGUCCACCUGGGAUGACCAACCCAUUUGUGGCACUGAUGACCAGGUCCUGAUUUGCAACCAUAUCAUGAAGGUAGCCUAGUAAGGGCUACCUUGAGGUUGCUUUGCGAAGCACAGGGCUAGCUUGAACAGCCUGCUCGGGACCACAUAUUGAUGUAUUCCUGGUGAAGUUCCUGGUGACUCUCUACCUUUCGGUGUUUGUCAUGACCUACAAAGGCAAAGCAUCCUAAACUCCCAGGUGUUGGCGAUUUGGACUUUGGAGGCACACCAAUUGGAUUCCAUGUGAAUGCCAUCAAGCCUCUCUGGGGGUGUGCUACUCGUCUGUGGCGCUACAGCAGCUCUGGUUCUGAUUGCUUUGGUUCUCGGCAUUCUUCACAUCAGGCGGCACGAGAAUGACAUGCCAUCCUGACGGAACACACUCCGACAUGGUCUUUUCGAUCCAUUGUCCUAUGCAUUUCCUGCCGACGUAGGCGUUGCCUCCAGUGCGAAUCAGACACUGGGAAGGGAUUUUGCUGAAGGAACGGCCAACUUCCGUGGUGCACCGAUUGGGA